AUUAGGGAUUUCGAUUAGCAAUGGCAACCCAAUCAAUGUAUUCGGUGUGGGCGAUUCCACCGGAAGACGUGAGCGCCAGAUUCACCAACCUCAUGGCCUCCCUCCGAUCCGAUUUCGGCGGGCCCCAGUUCGAACCGCACAUCACCGUCGUCGGAGCUAUCAGCCUCACCGAAGACGACGCCCUCAACAAGUUCCGAUCGGCAUGCGAAGCCCUCAAACCUUUCCAUGCGCGCGUUGAGCGCGUGGCCACCGGUACCUUCUUCUACCAGUGCGUUUACCUCCUCCUUCACCCCGACCCUCACCUCCUCCAAACCAGUGCGCACUGCUCCUCCUAUUUCGGUUACACCAAUUCCACUCCUUAUAUGCCACACUUGAGCCUUCUCUAUGGAGACCUGAGUGAGGAAGAGAAGCAAAAGGCUCAAGAGAGAGCUAAUGUUGUUGAUGACAGCUUCAGUGGGUUGAGCUUUCAGAUAAGCAAGCUUGCGUUGUACAAAACAGACACAGAAGACAAAACUCUCAAAUCUUGGCAGAAAAUUGCUGAAUGCACUCUUAAUCCAAAUUAGCUCCUCAUUUUCAAUCAAACAAGCCUUUGUGUUGUCCAGGGUGACAUGAAUAAGAAAUACGCACUAAUCCUUAUGCGUGAAACAAAGCAGAGUAAAGCUAUUCUCAAAAGAUCGCAGUGCACAUAGACCACUAUUCAUGUUUCAGUUAAGUAGGACCAGUUAUAGUUUUCAUACUAUGUCAGUAUUCGGGAGACUUGUUUUCUAGGAUACGAGAACAGUGAUUAAAGUUGCCAAUUUAUGGCUGUAACACGUGACUGAGUUAUUGCUAGCAGCAAUUUCCUACGAUUCUUUACGAGGGUGAGCAUGCCAGCCAUAACAAUAACAUCAAACAGAAGUUAAAUGUCUCAUGGUUUUGCGGGAUUAUUAGAUUUCUAUGUUUAAGCCUAGUAGUAAGAAGACUUGUGUUAGGGAAUUAAUAAUGCAUGCACAUUUUAGAAAGCAUUAUAAAAGGGAUGCUAUAGCAUGGGAUUGUUCUGUAAAUGAGAAUGACGUUCAGCAAAAUGAUAGAUUUUCUGCACUCCAAAUCCCAAGAGAGAUCGCAUUUUUUUUCUUAUUCCAGUUUUCUUCUAGAUAUAAGGUGAUAAAAUAAUUGAUACUAGGACUUC